AUGAGCUCCAUGACCAUGCGUAUCACCAUAUUCGGGGCUACUGGCAACCAAGGAGGGUCCGUGGCUCGGUCCUUGCUGCAAAACCCCAAAUUUCAAGUCCGGGGUAUUACCCGAGACACUCAGUCAGAGGCCAGUAUGGAGCUCGCUGCACAGGGCGCAGAGAUCGCUCAGGGGAAUGGGUUCGAUUUCGAUCAGAUGGUGGCGGCUUUCCAGGACUCAUGGGGCGCUUUUGUGAAUAUCAAUUCUGAUGAUGAAGUUUUCCAGAAUGCAGAUGGUCCGACGGAAUUCGACAUGGGCAAAAACAUUGUGGAUGCCGCGGUCAAGGCAGGUGUCCAGUGUUUUGUAUUCAGCUCAGGCCCCCCUUGCACCGAAAUGACAAAGGGUGAAGUCCAAAUGAAAGCAAUGGACAGUGAGUACUACCUGAGGCCCCAAAUUGAGCAUCAACUAAUUGAACGAAAAGUGAAAUACAAGAUAGAGCAGUAUGCCAGAAGCCUGGACGCCUUCGAAACUUUUAUUCCAAUCGGCGCCGGUUGGUUUCUGGAAAACUUCCUCGGCAAGGAGGUGGCCCUUGUCUUUGGGGGUUUCCCUCACAUUCCGGAUAGUGACGGCUACUUGACUUUCCGCGUGCCUUUCUGGGGCGGAGAAGAAAAAGUUCCCUGGCUGAGCAUCUCCGAUGAUUUUGGCGACAUUGUCCAAGGCGUCUUCUUGGAUCCGAUUCGAUGGAACGGGCAUUUCGUACAUGGAGUCAGCGACAUUCGAUCUUUCGAAGACCUUGUGGGAGAUUUCAGUACUUCCACGGGCUUGAAGACAAGAUUCGAUCCUAUUUUACCUGAUUGGAAGUCUUUUGAUACACACGGUAUCCAUCAACUGAACGACGUCAAACUCAUGUUUGGGUUCACCCAGAUUACCGGCGGGAGAUAUUUCGCCGAGCCUACGGAGAAUGUCACAGCAGCCAUAUUGAAACGGGCGACAGCAGAGGCUCUAGGAUUGCCCGAGGGAAAACAAUCACUGGUGACCUGUAGCCAGUGGUUUGCAGCGCGUUUCCGCGACUGA